AAUAAGUAAUCUGUGCCCUGAGGCCAAAAUGUUAAUUUAUAAUUAAAUUUAAUGUUUAAUAUAUUUUAACUAUUUUCACGCAGUUAUUGAAACAUUUCUUAUUUCAAUGCACUAGAAACUGUAAGAUUGCUUUAAAAUGGAUCAAAAUAAUACUAAGAAUGCGUCGGAAGGAAUAGCACCAAUGGGUAUAACAGCCUUAAAUGAAACGGUGCUAAGCAAUCAACCAGAGUCAAGAUAUGAAUGUCCUGUAUGUUUGAAUUGGUUAAGAGACCCUGUCAUCACAACCUGUGGUCACAAAUUUUGUAAAAGUUGCAUCACUUCAUGGUUACAAAACAGUGGUCACUGUCCAAUUGACAAUAUAAAUCUCAGCAUGAAAGUAGAUAUAUUUCCUGAUAACUAUACAAAACGUGAAAUACAGGAGCAAAGGAUGUCUUGCCCAUUUGCGGGUAAAGGAUGUACAGUAAAAGUGACUCCAUUAGAUUUAGAUGCACACAUAUCAACUUGUGAAUUUAAUCAGCCAGAGGCAUCCACAUGCCAUGAUGUUAGGACACCAUGCUCUUUCAGUGCUGUCGGGUGUAAAGAGACAUUUGACAAUCAGGAAGCUGCUAACGCACAUUUACAUAAUGAUAUAUUGAGUCAUAUGAGUCUUUUAAUGAACGCGUAUUCCAAGAUCAAAAUAGACAAUGACAUGUCAAACACAAGUAUAGACGCUAAGGAGCAGGAGGCUCUACUUUGGGAAGCACCCGAUAAGAAUGGGAAUGAGGCCAGUACACCGCUUCCUAAUGACACCAGCGCUCUUAUAAGAGCCCUCUAUGAACGAGUGGUAGUACUAGAACAAAGAAAUCGCGAACAGGAUAUAGUGAUAGCAAACAUUUCUAAACAACUCUCAGCCUUUGCUGUCGCAAAGAUGAAACAGAACAAUGACAUGCUACUCAGAUACUGUAUGGGCAAUUAUAUAUGGAAAGUGGACAAUUUCAAGGCACGAUUAGAAGCAAUGCUCAAGGACCAUAAUAAAAUGUUGUACAGCCCUGGAUUUUACACUUCUCCAAAUGGAUAUAGAUUUUGCGUCCGCCUGAACAUAUCUCCGCUCAACCCGCUCUGUUUCGCCCUCCACGUGCAUUUAAUGAAAACUGAGAACGACGAAUACCUGGACUGGCCUUUUAAUGGCAGAAUAUCCUUUUCCAUGAUCAAUCAGUAUGACUCCGAAUACACUCAAAGGGACACAAUGAUGUCGAACUCGUCUUUGGUGGCAUUCAGAAAACCCACUUCGGAAAUAUGUGUGAGGGGUUUUGGGUACAAUGAGUACGCCGAAGUUAGCGAUGUGGUGAGGAACGGAUUUGUUAAAAACGACGUGCUUAUUAUCAGUGUUAGAAUCAAAUGUGUAUGACAUAAGGAGUAAUUUUUUCAAUAAAGAUCAAUUAAAAAUGAACUUGAAGGGAGGGAAUGUUUGUAAAAAGGAAAUGUGUUAGUGUGUCUCUAGUACCCUCGGACAGUAGAUGGUUAUUUUUAAAUUAUAUAGGCUACCAAAACCACUUAAUUAUUAUUUAUAUAAUCUGAUUUUUAAUAUAAUUUGACACAAACAAUGUAUGUCCGCAAUAACGACAUUAAAAAAACAAAAAAAAACUCACACAGAAGUAAAUCUACGUAGUAAUUGUAAUCCGUGUUAAUAUUUUUUAAAAAUCUUUUACAAUACUCUAAUUUUAAUAAUUUUAACUUUAGGUCCAAUAGUUUCAAAUAAUUCCAUAUUAUAACAGAGUAAGAGACAUUCCAUUACGACAUUUAAAUUAUAUGUAGCCUCUUACAGUCACAGUGGGAGUUGUUAGGAAAUAACAAAUCCUUAUGAAUAUGAAACCUGCAUCAGAUAGACAACAGUGUGUAAUUGAUCCGUCCUAUGCACUUAACUUUUAGAACAUUCCGCACAGUAUUUUAAUUUAAACUACUAUAGCAGAUUAAGUAUAUAAGAUAAGUAUAUUUUGAUUUGUUAAAUAUAGUGAAUAAUUAUUUAGUAAUUCAAUGAUUACCGUCCAUAUUGGUAGAAAUGCAAUCUCAAUGUGCAGUUAUGUGUGCUAUAUUAAAAAAUAUUAUUAAUGUUUAAGAUACAUAUAUUAUUUGGUUGUGAUACCUCAUUUUAUCGUUUAUAUUUAUAUUAAAGUAUAUUUGUUAUA